CGAACCACCAACCUUCUGAUCAGCAAGCCCUAGGCUCUGUGGUUUAACCCACAGCGCCACCUGGGUCCCUAUGAGCUGGGAGGUUAGUGACUUAUAAAUGUCGGUGGUGAUGCACCGUCUUUUAAAAAUUUAAAAUAGCGUCUUAUGCACCAGAGAUGGUUUUGUGUGUGUGUUUAAGGGUGGGGGUGGGGCAGGGAAAACAACAACCCCACCAGUGAAAUUGUCAAAAUAUUUCCCCCAAAGUUAUCAGUUUCACCAGAGACCAGACUGGGGGACUGGAUGGUUGAAAUACCAUUUAAAAGCCACAUUCCUUCCUGUCCAUCAAUCAGUUUUUAAAAAUCCGAUUACAAGCACACACACACACACAAACAUUCCAACAGAGAGCCAGUGGGCUGGGGGUGUCGAUUGUGGUCACGGAUUGGUCACGGAUAUCGCAAAUCUAUACAUUUUUAUUAUAGUAUACUUUUAUUAAGUCCCUGCUGCUAUCCUUUUCAGUUUUAAAAACUUCACCAAUGAAUGGAAAAUCUCAGUGGAUGCUGGUGCUGCUCUUGUGAGGUCUUUCUACUUAAGUACUGUACAGAGUUGGUGUUCCUUCAGCUACAUUGAACAAAUACAGCUCUGGUGCUAAGUGCAAAACAGCUGCCACCGCUUUUUUUAUUUAUUUAUUGGGCAGAGGCCCCGUGCUUUUGAGAUCAGCACAGCUGGCACAAAUCCAACAGGUAAAGCUUCACCUGGAAUGAACAAACAAAUGGAAUGAACAAACAAACCCAUUAGCACUUGGAGGGCAUGCUGUGGAUGACGACGACUUCAACUCUCAUCAUAAAAAGAUGACCAACGUGUUCUUUCUCCCCACUUCUCCGAUUUUAAGCGGUACGUCCUUCCCUUCUCAUCUGGAACACGGAGAAUGUGAACGUGCUCUUGUGGUGGGUACAGAAGGAUCGCUGGGAAGUUUUACUGCAGAAACUUGAGACCAGGACAAUCCUAUUCACCUGCUGAGGAAACACAACCCCUCGAAUGACCCUUUGUCGGGGGAAAUGCCCUCCUGCUCCCCACUCCCUUCUCCCAAGCCCCUUGUUAAAUGCUCAGGCAUGCUGGGGUGCAACUGCCUGCGAAUGGGAUGCUGUUAAUUUGUGCUCUGGGAGCACGGAGUUCUCAGGCUGUUAACAUCCGGAGCUUCGUAGAUUUACAGUUGGUGAGGCAAUUAAAUCUCUCGGCAGCCAUGGCUUUUAUGAGAUGACGUUCCUUCUGAGGAUUUGAAAUACGGCUAAGGAUGGGGGGGGGGGCAUUUUUACACACUGCCCCUCCGAGGAAAGGGUGGGGCAAGUGGGUCUCCCUUUCCUCCCAGUUCUGUCGACAGAUAAUUUUGAACUUGCUCCUUUCCCCCUUGCAGCGUCCCCUCCCCCCCCCCCGAGGAACAAUUCCCAGAGGAACUCUGGGAAUUGUAGCUCUUGGAAGGAACAACUUUCAGCAUCCUAAACUAACUACAGAUGCUAGAAUUCUUUGGGGGAAAACCAUGAAGAGGUAUGGGUAAGAGUGGCAGGUUUAUGAAUACCUUGGUUUAUGAAUUUUCGGUUUACGAACGCCGCGGACCCAUCUGGAACGGAUUAAUCCACUUUCCAUUACUUUCAAUGGGAAAGUUCGCUUCAGUUUAUGAACGCUUCAGUUUAUGAACAGACUUCCGGAACCAAUUGUGUUCAUAAACCUAGGUACCACUGUACUAAGUAAAGAGGCUAGAUAAUGUUUCCUUUUAGUUGGGAGAUGAAAAACUUGGGGAGGAAGGUUCAAAUAUGGCAGAGAGAGGCCCCUACAUAGCACACCCCUGAGUAUCUCUCAGAUCCGUUCCUUUUGUUGCCUCACAAAGAAACCUCCCCAAAUAUGUGCCGCCCCAACUGAGUGCUUGGAGUGUUUGAUUGGUCAGUGCUACCCUACCGCUGCCGUAUGACUCCUUGCUAAAAACAAUAUAGACCAGGAACGGGGCAGGUGUGUGUCCCCAGAUGUGGUCGAACUCCAGCUCCUGUCAGCUCCAGCCAGCAUGGCCAAUGGUCAGAGAUGAUGGGAAUUGUAGUCCAGCAACAUCUGAUGAGCCAUGGAUGCCCCAUCCCUGUUCUAGAUCCUGCAAAAGCUCCAAAUCUGAUCCUAGAUCCGGUGCAGAGUACGGCACUACGUAAAAUAAAACUCUCAACUCUUGGUGUCAUUUAGCUUACAUACCUUUGAGUUUUGGGGGGUGCAAAUGUGGAAUUAUUUUGGAGGCAAAGGGGCACACAUAGCAGGAGCAAAGAGCCUGGCUUAUGGCCCACUCACUGUUCAGACUCCUAGUAUUCACCUGCCUGCGAACCCUUUGUGAGCUAAUUUUCUCUCUGCUGAAUUGUGGCUCUUGAGCUUUAUUUUCCUCUCUCUCUCUCUCCAAGAUUGCAAGUGAGCACACGUGCGGAGGUGGUUGUCUUUCUUUAAUCACAGCACAGAGCAUUUAUAGGUUAUUUACAGUAAUGUUUUGUAUCUUGAGUGAAUGCUUUACUAAUUAUGGUAAUAAAAAAGGCAAUAAAAGGAACAUUCCCCAUGGAGGAAUAUAUUUGGAGGCCUCGCCUGGUUCACUUGUAAGCAGAGCUAUGAUAGAAAUCGCUCAUCCACUCGGUGGGGUAAGAAAUAAGGCUGUUAAGGAAUAGGCUGAAAUGGAUUGAGGCGUGACAUACUGAGUUUUACCAUUUACGAGGCAGGCCCCGGUACUUAUAAGAGACUGAGUGGUUGGAGAAGGCAGGGAAGGCAGACAGGUGGAAUUCAGUCUGAGUUCUGCUUCAAGGGGUAGUUGGAUAGGAUGGUCAACCAAUUUCAGCUUGCCACUCCAUGACCCCCCCCCCCCUCCAAGUGCUUUAAACACCUGUAUGGUGGGCAGAAAUUCAACUGGUGAUACUAUUUCCUACCAUGGAGAUGCAACAAUUGGGGAAAGUGGUAUCUGUUGCAUUUCGCCCUGUUGUAUGCAGAUGUUAAACCAUUCUUCCAGAAAAAGUUAGCAAACCUUUACCUACUUAAGGUGGUUUAAAUGACAAAGUUUCUCACUUUCAACUGUAUGAACAAACUGAAAUUCAUUCACAUCAUAGCAAAACCUCAGAGAAGUUGCUGUUAUGAAAUUUCUGAAGCAAAGGAUAUGAUUUAACUUAAUGCGGAACAAAGAACUACCAGCCAUUGUUACAAGGCAAGACCAUAUUUAAUAGUUUCUGUGUUUUCACAUCGGGAAAUAGUUUUAUUUAGUAAGCUUGUAUACUGCUUUUUUAUUUUCAAAAAGGCACAUUUUCCCAAAGUGGUUUGUUUAUAAGCCACAGAUCAGGCAUAAUAAAAUACAAUUUAACCCCUUGCAACAUGAAAAAAGCCUCGAAAGCGUUCUUUUAAAAGACUACUAAAAGUCAAGUGCUCCAGCACUAAUUGAAUAUGAUGUAAAAAAUUCCCGUUACAGCAAAAUGCUGGAGCCAAAAUAGCUUUCGAAAAAUCAAACCAUCAUGUUUCCCUGUUGGUUUCAACAGAGCACUGCAGUGGGUGAUAAGAAACAGUUUCAUGACAUGCUGCCACAUUGCUGAAGCCAAGCGUUGGGAGUGUGCUUCUAGGGGUGUCCCCUGGCUUCUCAAGAAAAGACUCAGCCAGGCAGAGCUCUGAUGAAUUCCUCAGUGGCUCCCAUGAGCUUUUUCGAGGGCGACGGCUUGGCUGAGCAGUUUCUCCGCAUAGAGCGAGAGCAGACCCUCCGCCUGAGUGAGCUCAACUUCCUCGAGCCCAUCGAGUACGUUUACAACCCCUUGGAUUAUGCCUGGGAGCCCCACCAAGACUACGUGCGUCGAUACUGUCGGUUCCGCAAGGAGGUGCUGUUUCUUGGUAUGAACCCAGGGCCUUUUGGAAUGGCCCAAACUGGGGUGCCCUUUGGAGAGGUGAAGCUGGUCCGAGACUGGCUCCAGGUCCACGGGCAGGUGUCCAAGCCACCAAGGGAGCACCCCAAGAGACCUAUCCGGGGCCUGGAAUGCCCCCAGACGGAGGUGAGUGGGGCCCGCUUCUGGGGCUUCUUCCGCUCCUUGUGCGCCAGGCCCGAGGUGUUCUUCCGCCACUGUUUCGUCCACAACCACUGCCCGCUUCUCUUUCUUAGUCACAGCGGACGCAACUUGACUCCGGCCGACCUGCCGGCCGCCAAGCGUGAACAGCUCCUGCAGGUCUGCGAUGACGCUCUAUGCGAAGCUGUCAAGCUCUUGGGCGUCAACAUGGUGAUUGGCGUGGGGCGUUUUGCUGAGCAGCGUGCCCGCAAGGCCCUGUCGGCCGCUGGGAUCCCAGUGCGAGUCGAGGGGGUGAUGCACCCAUCACCUCGCAACCCCCAGGCCAACAAGGGCUGGGAUGCCAUCAUCCGAGCAAAACUGGAGGAACUCGGUGUGCUGGCUCUCCUUGUGGAAUGAUUGCUUGCGAAACCUCAGUUGCCUUUGGGUGUCUUGGCCUCACAUGCCAAUCACAUUGGAUGUGCCAAUGACUCUGGACUCAUUUUUCAUAGACCAGCCCAGGCUUGGGCUAUGAAAGCUACUAUUCUAUCGUUGGGUUGACACUACCAUUUUGUAACACUACUCCUUUUUUUGUGCUCCUGAGAUAUAAUUCACUUCUACAGGUUCUUCUGGAGCCCCCCCCCCCGUUGGGCCUUUCCUGAAAUUUGGGUUUCAAUUUCAUCUCCGUGUAUUGGUGCUAAACCUCAUCUGGGGUGAUACCUGGCAGAUCCUGUAGCAGCAGCUGCCACUCUGCUAGACGCUUCUGCCUCUUGCUGGCUUCUCCAUGAUCAAACUUACGUUAGACAUUGUAGCGUUUUGGUCCAUGGUGUUCAGUCUGGCUUUUUGCCAAACCUCCGUUCUUUGGGGUGGGCAUGUUAACAUAUUAAGGUGUCUUAAUAACCAUUGGCUUAACUAGCCACCGUGAUGCCCUCCAGAUGCUUUGUACUACAAUUCCCAGCAUCCCUGACCAUUGGCCACGCUGAGUGCGACUGAUGGGAGUCAGACUCCAACAACACCUUACAGGCUCCUACAUUGGCUACUCCUGAUCUAGCCCAUUGGUCAAAACCUGAUCUAAGGUGGGUCCCAACACCUGCACUACCUCCAUACACACACAUUCUAAAAAUAUCUAUAGUACAGACUAGUAUAAUGAAGAGGUCCUCAAACACAUGUUUGCGUUAAAGGUGGGUCCCGUGUUGGAAAAGGCUGCGGGCAACUGGUCAAGCCACCUUUUGCUUACUCUGUGUAGUUCUCUUAAGUUCAAGACCUGCCACUUGAGUGGAGAUGGAGGAGGAUGUUAGAAUAUUGGGGUGAUUUAUGCUAACAGAGGAUUGCGUGCAAAAUCUUCCGUAUGGCAGACGUGCUGUGUCACUGAGCUACAGCCCUUGGAGUUCAGGUAAAUCAAGCAGGUGGCAAUCAAAGUGGCCGUCUGGUCUAGGCACUUCUAGUGUGCACGCCCAGAAGAAGUCACGGGGCCUGCUCAUGGGCAGAGCGUAUGGAAACGCCGCCCACUCUCCUCUCUCUGCCGGAGCUGCCGGGCCAGAGAGGGUGACCCAGGGAUGGAGGUGCCAUGGCCGGCAGACUCUCUCUGCUGGGGCGGAGCUGCACGUGGCGUAGCUGAGGAGAGGGGCGGCAGACUCUCCACGCCACUCCCGGGUCCAGCAGCUCCCUCGCACGC